GCGAUGCUGGCGGCGGCCGCGCUUCUCCUGCUGGCGGCGCCGAUCGUAGCCGCCCCGCCCAACCUUCGGGCAGCGGCACGUGCGCACGCCCAGCUCGUGACAAUAAUCGACGCAAGCUUGGCCUCACUCAACCUGUGGCGCAGUGAGAUGCACAAAUGCCCACCCGUAAUACGGGAGCUCGCAGAGUGCUCCUGCGACGAGGAGUGCGCGCUGUACGGAGAUUGUUGCCUGGAUGUGCGCCCACAGGCCCUGCCCCGCAACGACUUGGCAUGCAGGCGAUCCCCAGAUUUCGGGUAUGUGUACAUGGUGUCCCGGUGUCCGGUCCAGUGGCGGGACACCUCGGUGCGAAGCCUGUGUGCUCGCAACGCGGCGUUCGCCGAGGAUCCGUUCGCGGCUUUACCGGUUACAAGCCCCGCCAGCGGGAUGACCUACAGCAACUAUUACUGCGCCAUAUGCCACGGUGACUUAGCAGGGUCUGUGUUUUGGACGCCGGCGAUAUCCUGUCCGACACUGACCAAAGAACACCAGGACGCCCUCAAUAUCACUGAUACCUUCAUUGAAGAGAACUUACUGCAGAACCCUGCUGGAGAGUGGGGAUUGCAGUUAAUGGACGAAAACAACGGAACGUUUCAUGCGUGCGUAAUUUCCCUACAUUCGGGCAAUAACGACAAAGAACAUUUGAUGCGGAACUGUCAACCCAAGAUUUCCAGCUGUGCGGCUAACUGGACCAACCUAGAACUCGCCCUAAUGUGCACCGCGUACAGUGCCUACAUGUAUCACGGCAGAAUCAGGUACCGCAACGCGCACUGCGCCCUGUGCAACUAUGUACCACAACAGUACAUUACGUACUGGCCGGUCACCAACAAUUUUGCUGAGGGAAGGCGUCCUCGCAUGCAUUCAUCAGUCUUUCUUCUCGACAUCACCACCCGGUCGGGCAUGAACGCAGUGGGAGCAGCCAGGGUCUGUACCGGCACCCGACUCUGGGACCCCUUCUUCAAGAUCUGCAGGGAAGUCUCAGUUUCCUCUGGCGUCGCCAACGGCACCGGCUCCCAGACCUGCCCCAAGGUUACCGUAAACGAGUACCAGUUUCAGGUCAGCGACAAAGACGUCGCGUACGUGCCGGCGUAUGACCUGUUCUUGGAUCGCGGCUAUUACGAGCUCAGUGACGGACAGCUAACCUUUUGUGACCCGGGUUUCCAACUUAAAAGCUUCCAAACCGCCUUUUCUUACGCCUUGGUGGCAUGUCGUACAGCGUCCGUGUUGUGCCUCCUGCUGCAUCUGGCGGCGUUCUGUGCCGUGCCCGAAACACGGAACCUGCCCGGAAAAUGUGUGACGUCCUUGUGCGUCUGCCUGCUCAUCGGCUACCUCUGCUCCAUGGCGGCAUUGUGGCAGGAUUACGGCACCGACGGCUGUGUUCUGCUGGCCAUUGUUGCUUUCAGCGCCUUCGCAGCAGCGCUAUUCUGGGUCAAUGUUAUGGCGAUCGACGUCUUCAACACCCUCAGGAAAACGAGCAGCGAGCUGACCGUCUCCAGGGGCUCUCAUUUGAAGCGGUUCAUCCUCUACACGCUGUACGUGUGCGCUGCCAGCGCGACGCUGGUGACGGUCGCUGUGCUGGCUGACGGGUCACACAGCGUGCCGUACAGCCUCUGGGCUCGCUUCGGCCGAGAGAUCUGCUGGCUGAACAACCGCGGAGCGGUCCUGGCGUUCGUCUUCGCACCAGUGUUUCUCGUCAUGACGACGAACGUGGUGCUGUUCGUCGCCAGCGCCUGCAUGAUCUCUCAGAUGUCGUCUUCUACGGCUCGUCCGGCCAGCAGGCAGCCACAGACGCACCUGGGCCUCUACUGCCGGCUGGCGGUGCUCAUGGGGCUGACCUGGACCGUUGAUAUCACAUCUCAAAUCAUGAAAAUCGCAGAACUGACCUACGUCACCAGCCUGCUACACGCCCUACGAGGAGUCUUUAUCUUUCUCGGGUUCACCCUGAACCGAAGAGUAAAGGCAUGGCUGCUGCACCUUGUAUCGGACGGCAUUGCCGCCGUCCGCACUACUAUCUUCUCCUCCAUAAACUCACCCGAGGGUGGUGCCAAUAGCCGGUAGAUCCGGUAGAGCGGCUGGACACGGUGGAACUAGUGGACCCGAUGGAGCUGGUGAAGAAGACAGCCUGUGGAACCGGUGCAGCUGACAGCCGGUUAAGUGGACGCCAGCGGCUGAACUUGGCAGCCAGAGAAUAGUUAGGUCUGGACGGCUCGACAAAUACAUUCUUCGUCAUCUUGAACGCCGC